CACGGUGGGGCGGUAUUGUAGAUCUGUGGCGGAUUUCAAGCGUCGUCCUGAGGUGACGCUUUAACCCACGUUGAGUACCAACUUCAACAUCUCUGCGAGGGUUGUCUUGUCAAAGGAGAUCUUAUCAGUUGAACUUUUCCGACAGUCACCGGAGCUUCAGUCCUCACAAUGGUGGGCCUGCUGUAAGACCACACAUGGAGGUUUUUAAGAAGGAUUGGGAUAUGUUUCGCUGAAAUUACCUGAGAAGGAGAUGCAAGGAUCGGACUAGGAGAGUGUAAUGAAGGAUCGUCUGGCUGAACUGGCUGCUAAUAAAAGUCAACUAGCGGAGGUUGCUGUCACUGAGGACUGCAGUGAUGACUUCAUGGAGAGUUAUUUCAGGAGGGUGGAGGAAGUUAGGGGACUCGUUGAUAAAAUCUCCUACCAAGUGGAGGAGGUGAAGAAGCUGCACAGCACGAUCCUGUCUGCGCCCAAUCCAGAUCACAGUACAAAGAGUCAGCUAGAUGGACUGACCAACGAUAUCAAAGGGAAUGCCAAUGUGGUGCGAACUAAAUUAAAAUUCAUGGAGCAAAAUAUGCCAAAAGACGAUGUCAUUAACAGGGCUUCUGUCGACUUCAGGAUCCAGAAAACACAGCACUCUGUGCUGUCAAGGAAGUUUGUGGAAGUCAUGACUCAAUACAAUGAGACUCAAGUGUCCUUUCGGGAACGAAGCAAAGGAAGGAUCCAGAGACAACUGGAGAUAACUGGAAGAGUGACCACCAAUGAAGAACUGGAGGAGAUGCUGGAGAGCGGAAAUCCAUCAAUCUUCACAUCCGAUAUCAUUUCUGAUUCCCAAAUCACUCGUCAAGCCUUAAAUGAGAUCGAAUCCCGUCACCAGGACAUCAUGCGUCUGGAGUCCAGCAUCAGGGAGCUUCAUGCGAUGUUCAUGGACAUGGCAAUGCUGGUAGAAACUCAGGGGGAUAUGGUGAACAACAUUGAGAAUAAUGUCUCUAAUGCAGCUGAGUAUAUUUAUCGUGCAAAAGAAGAGACUAAAAAGGCAGUGAGAUACCAGAAGAAAUCGCGUAGGAAAUACAUGAUCCUUGCCUUUGCCCUGUUGAUCCUUCUUGCUGUCAUCGCACUAAUUGUUGGCCUGUCUGUCGGACUAACCAAACGCCCUCAAUGAGGCCUGUUGUCAUCAUUGCAUGAGGUAACAGACACACCACACCCACAAACUUCAGUUUUUUGAGCAGAACAUUUAUUUAGCCAUUCAUUUUUUUAAAAUAAGGUAAUGUAGUAUCUUGAUAAAAGUAAGGAUGCAGCAAUUAAAGACUUGCAUCAAAUUUCAGAGGUAGGAUUUUUGUUUUUAAUUUUCAAUUUUACUAAUUCACAUUUCUCUUUAACUGGAGUCAAAAUAACUUUUCUAGCCUUCCAGCCCUGUAAGAUUACAAACUGCAUACCUUAGGUUCCCAGGCUCCUUCAUUUCUGUCAGGGAAUCAUUUCUGAAAGACAAAGACAAAAUUCACUUGGAGAUGAGAUUUUAAAAGUCUAAGAUUUGUGAUUGACAUGAUUAACAUAACAAACAGUAAACUGGAGUCUCUGUCUGUAUUCCAUAUAGAUUGUGCAACCUCACCUUAAUUCUAAUAUUCCUACAAGGCUUUCAGCAUUUACAGUAUUGUAAACUCAAAGGAAUAAAGUACCAUAUUUGCUGUAAUAUGAUCAAUGGUCCUGGUGUCUGGUGAAGCUGACUCCUUGUCAGCCCACUGCUUCUCUAACUGAACAAAAUGUUCAAAGACAAGUGUGAACUGAUGUCCUGUGGCAAGUGCCUCCUAUUGAACUUGAUAAAGUCAAACAACUGCAGAGGAACAGAACGGCAUACUGGCAAAAUGAGCAGCACCGUCCAAAGUGUAGCUCUUCCAUCCUAGUAAGUAAAUUAACAAGUGCUUUGCCUACAUAGAAGGUUCAGCUUUUAAUUUGCUGCCUCUGAUUUCAUUUUUAAACACAUCACUAUUACCAAAAUAGCUAAAGUUGAGUUUUCUUUUAGUUACAGCUUCCACAUUGAGGAGUGUUGUUAUUAAUGCAACCAGUAAUUCUAUGAGUGUGUUUAUGAUUUUGGAGUUUCAGACUGGCCAGUCACAAAGUUGAACAACCAAGUUCUGCUUUUUUUUUCUGCUUGAAAAGUUUAAUGAAUUUACUACUACUUUCUAGUGCUACUUUUAUGCAACAGUGACUGAUUUCCCCAUUUGUCCUGAUUUUAGCAGACAUUUCUCUACCUCGUCUUGUUUGGAGGAUCCUACUUUUACUGUUACUCAGAAAGGUUGGAGUCUAAGACUGAUGGACUUCUUGGUUCACAAGAUGUCAGAAAAACGCUUUGACCACUUCCACCAUAUGAUUACCCUCUUCCAUUUAGUACUAUUACAAGAUUCAUUUCCAUAGCACAGAGAAGUAAGUAUAAUGUAGUGCAGUUUGCACAAGAUUCAGAUUUCUGUUUAACUGCACUCAAAAUACCUCUUCUAGCCUCUCUGCCCUUUGUGAGCAGAAACUGUUUUAUUUAAUUUUAAAAGGCUCAAACAUUGCAAUCUUCUUGGAUAAUGUUUUAAUGUGAACUUGUUUUGUUGUCUAUCUUCUUUUUAUGUAUUACUGCUGUAUGUUCAUUCAUUUUAAUAGAGUAUGAAACCAUUAGGACUUUGGUGUACUUUUGAAAUAGAAAAACGUAUUGACCUUAUAUGGUGUGUAAUGACUGAAAUAAUCGUGAAAAAAGUGAUGCAUUAAUGCAGUACUCUUGGAAAAUUCUUUCAGGAGCACCCAUUUGAGUUGUUCUGUAUUUUGUACUGAAACUAAAUAAUUGAAUCAUUUGUUUAAAAUAUUAAGAAUAAAAGGUUU